UUAGGCGCUUUCCUUUAGCAGCGAGGCCGUCGCGCAAGCCGCCACAGAGGAUUGAUUCAGUUAGUCCCUCCUCUUUUCUCCCCUCCCUGCUUCUGCUUUGCUCUCUGCGCCCUUGCCAAGCCCGCAACCAUGGUGUUUCGCCGGUUUGUGGAGAUCGGGAGAGUGGCCCUCAUCAACUACGGCCCUCAGCAUGGGAAGCUGGUCGUCAUUGUGGAUGUGAUUGACCAGAACCGGGCUCUCAUUGAUUCCCCCGACAUGGUCCGCACACAGAUUAACUUUAAGCGCCUCUCGCUCACUGAUAUCACCAUCCCCGAGCUCCCCCGUACUCCCCCGAAGAAGGUGCUUAAGAAGGCCUACGAGGAUGCCGAGGUGGAGCAGAAGUGGGCCAACAGCGCCUGGGGCAAGAAGCUCGCUGUUCGUACCAAGAGGGCUAGUUUGACCGAUUUCGACCGUUUCAAGGUCAUGGUGGCGCGAGUCAAGAAGAGUUCCAUUGUCCGCCGGGAGCUUGGAAAGUUGAGGAGGGGAAAGGCUUAAGUCGACUGAAAAUCUGGAUGCAAACGUCAAGGAUAUUUACCUGGUUUUUAGUCACUAGUAAUAGUGUCAUCAUGCUCUGCUGCAGCCAACAGUUGUUUAAUGAGAAGCAGGUCUUGUUUCAGUGUUUCCUCUUAUAAAAUUUUGUUCAAUUGAGCGUGUUCGUUGUUCCAGUUCAAGGCCCUGGUCAUGAUAUUUUACUUUUCAUGAUAA